AUGAAUACAGAGGACGAAAACCUCGGGCCUCUGGUCCGGCUGUGGGGCAUCCGGACGGAGCAGCUCCCGCCGCCAAGAGCCACUGCCGCCGACUUGGCGCCGUUCCUCAUCGCCGUACUGCAGGAAGCGGUCCCCUUCAUUGACGCCGUUGCACCCAAGGACGGCACUUCGCGACCGAGCGAGUGGAAGGCCAAGGGGGCAAAGUCAUAUCCCGAAUCGACGGCACAGGUUGAGCUGUAUGAGCGCAUCAUUGCUUCAGCUGAGCUCGAAAAGGAGGCGGCGCGGAACCAACUGCCAAACGCCUCCAUCACCGCUGAAACAUGGGCUUGUAGGCGCAGUAUACACAAGGACAGGCCAAGCAAAGGAACGGCGGCGUGGGAGGAGUUUGUCAAGUGCUUCAAGGAUGACCAUGUUGAAGCCGAGAAGGCAUUCACACCGAACGUGAUACAGACUAGGGAGGCGCUGACAUGGGAUUGCACUGGUGUUACAGUGGAAGAGGGUGGUCUAGUAUGGUGUGAUUUCAAGGUGGCCGUGUCCGAGAUCAAGCACAAGCUCGGGAUGCCGCUCAAGAAUCGUGUAUUUCCCGAGUUGAUCCUCUCAGCGAAGGCGAAGGAUAUCGAUGAGUUCAUCGUCGUAUCUAUCCCAAUAUCGGACCUGUCAUCUUCAGACUACGGCGGCCUAGUCAAUGAGAAGGGAGUUGUGGUGGCCGCCUACGCCAGUGUCGAGAGGAUUAGAAGGUUGCCCACGGGUGCGAUCGAAUGGAUCAUGUCCACUGCGUCAGACGCAAAGGGCAUCUUGCCUGUCUGGAUACAGGCGAAGGCUGUCCUCGGGGUUGUUGCCAAGGAUGUUGCGCUCUUCCUGGGAUGGAUCGCCGAGGAGCGCGAGAAAGGUACGAGUGUGGGCAAGUGGACUGCAGUCAAAGGAAACAGGGGAACCGAGAUUCCCGAUCGCAGGGCUUCAGCGGCUUUGGAAGAUGGGGAAUCUUCCUCACAAGGAAGAAGUUCCAGGCAAGGGGUACCGUUGAGAAAAGAGCCCGCCGUUGGCAUGAAUGGUACGAGAGCAGGGACUAACGGGCAGGCACACGCCUAG